CUCCAGCGACCAUCCGUAAGGGGUUUAUUCGUAAUACCGACACAGUUUACGAACCCCGACUCGCAAAACGGAAUAAAAUAUACCUCUGCGGACUCCUUUUCUUCCCUCUCGAGCCCCACUUGUCCUCCUCUCUCUCUCUCUCUCUCAUUUCCAGUUUUCUGGGCGUUUGAUCGAGAAGAUGUGGGGCAUCGCGAGGCGAAAGAUCGGAUUGGGAAACUUCCCCUCACCGAUUUUAGGGCAGGUAUUGCAGAGGAUUCGGCCGAUGGGAUCCGCGUUGCCAAAGAGCUACUCAACUGCAGCAAAAGAGAUGACAGUGCGUGAAGCUCUGAACUCUGCACUUGAUGAGGAGAUGUCUGCAGAUCCUAAAGUUUUCUUAAUGGGCGAAGAGGUUGGGGAGUAUCAAGGUGCGUACAAGAUUUCAAAAGGUCUGCUUGAGAAGUAUGGUCCUGAGAGAGUUCUUGAUACUCCAAUUACGGAGGCUGGAUUUGCUGGUAUCGGAGUUGGUGCAGCUUAUUAUGGUCUACGGCCUGUCAUAGAAUUUAUGACAUUCAACUUCUCCAUGCAGGCAAUUGAUCAUAUCAUUAAUUCUGCUGCAAAGUCAAAUUACAUGUCAGCCGGUCAGAUAUCUGUACCUAUUGUUUUUAGAGGGCCAAAUGGUGCUGCUGCCGGAGUUGGUGCUCAGCAUUCGCAGUGUUAUGCAGCUUGGUAUGCACAUGUUCCUGGUUUGAAAGUGCUUUGUCCAUAUUCAUCAGAAGAUGCUCGAGGCUUGUUAAAAGCAGCAAUAAGGGAUCCUGACCCUGUUGUUUUUCUUGAAAAUGAACUUCUAUAUGGAGAGUCAUUUCCUGUUUCAGCUGAAUCUCUUGAUUCUAGUUUCUGCCUUCCAAUAGGGAAAGCCAAGAUAGAACGAGAAGGAAAACACGUUACCAUCACGGCUUUCUCAAAAAUGGUUGGUUAUGCUCUGCAGGCUGCAGAGAUACUCUCAAAAGAAGGAAUUAGUGCUGAGGUUAUAAAUCUCCGUUCCAUUAGGCCAUUGGACAGAGGUACUAUCAAUGCUUCAGUUAGGAAAACCAACAGACUGGUGACUGUUGAAGAAGGCUUCCCGCAACAUGGAGUAGGCGCUGAAAUAUGCAUGUCUGUAAUUGAGGAAAGCUUUGAGUAUCUUGAUGCACCAGUGGAGAGGAUCGCUGGUGCUGAUGUUCCCAUGCCUUACGCUGCAAACCUUGAGAGGAUGGCCGUUCCUCAGGUUGAUGACAUCAUCCGUGCAGCAAAGCGGGUUUGCUACCGAUCAGUCCCUAUGGCUGCAGCGGCAUAGUUUGAGGGAUGCAUUUUGAUGAGACCAAUUUCUCCUUGUAUCUUUCUGGUUAGAAAAGAUGCAUGACAAUACUUAUUCAUGUUCCUUGCCUCGUGUGAGCUGAUUUUGCACAUCUACUAGAGAUUGAGAUCUCUAUGAGAUUCUUUUCUAGCAGUUGGAAGACUGCUUGUUCAUUGUGCGAAACAAUUCUUUUUAAACUUGUGGGUGUAUCCUGUUCAAUAAUGGAAGUUUUGAUAAUGACUGCAGAAGAUUUUGCUUUUAACCUGAGCUUACAACAGCAACACCAUGGUUGGGAAUUUUGAGUUGCUAUCAAGUGUUUGUUUAAGCUGCAUACAAGGCAUGUUCUUG